AUGGUAUAUGAAAAAUAUAACAGUGAUAUUUUUGUGAUAUUUGGCAAAGGAAAACAGCCUGCCAUCAGCCACACCAAAUCAGAGAAUAAAAUAUCUGCUCCUUUGAUGCGAUCCCCGCGAAACCUCCUCCUGAAGAAGGCUUCCAGGAGCAAUGAAGCACUGCGCGACGGCCGACGGAAGCUCCCAGGGGGAAUAAACUUGACAAACAUUACAAACUUCCGAAUCUCCUUCCCCCACCAAAUCUCCACCCCCCACCAAAUCUCCACCCCCCACCAAAUCUCCACCCCCCACCAAAUCUCCACCUCCACCCCCACCAAAUCUCCACCCCCACUUCUCCACCCCCCCAAAUCUCCACCCCCACAAAUCUCCAUCCCCACCAAAUCUCACCCCACCAGAUCUCCAUCCCCCACCAAAUCUCCACCCCACCUCCACCCCACCAAAUCUCCACCCCCAGCGAAUCUCCACCCCCCACCAAUCUCCAGCCCCCACUAA